CUUCAGCCCUCUGACCACCUCAGAGGCUGUUGCUGACUAGCCAGCUGACUUUAGACACUCUGACAGGUGGAUUUGUUUUGUUUUUUGUCUUUUUUUGCGGAGUCUCACUGUGAAGUGGUGGGUGACAGGGCUCUCUCUUCCUGGUCCCUCUCUUCGGCUCUGUCUGGAACAGAGAGAGGGGGAGACACAUAGCCGAGUUACCCAGGAUGGAGUGAGGCGAGGUGGGAGAGACGCGAAACUAGGUCAGCCUCCCGGCCCGAAGACUGGUUCAGGGGGAGACUGAAAGUGUGUGCGAGUGUGAGUGCGUGUGGGUGUUUGUUUACGGGUAGAUCUGAAAUGCACAGGAGCAGACAUCAAGCAGAGUAUGAGCUGUGUUCACUGUGUGUGUGAAUGUCAUCAGAUCUGAGUUUGUAGUCAGGUUUUAGAGGUGUGUGUGUGUGUGUGUGUGUGUGUGUUUGCAUUUGUACGUGUGUGUGUGUGUGAGAGAGAGAAGAGUGUGUUAGCUAUGGGCUGCACGGCAAGCGUGAUCUUAUUUGAGGGUUUGCGGACUCUGAUGGAGAGAAACUGCAGCUACGUGUGCAAGGCUGCUGUCGACUUCCCCGAACUCACGGAUGACGAAGAUACCCUGAGCAGGGGAGAGUCGCUGCCCUGGACCUCCACAGCUACCCUGGUGAAGCCAAAGAUCAUUGAGCCGCUGGACUAUGAGAAUGUGCUGCUUCAGAGGAAGACGCAGAUCAUCAGUGAUGUCCUCCGAGACAUGCUGCAGUUCCCGCUGGAUGACUUCCAGAUGUCCAUGCUGCGGCGGCAGGGUCGCACGCUCUACCCCACCGUACCUGAGAAUGCCCGGAAGGAGGCCCAGAGUCUGUUUGUCAGAGAGUGUAUCAAGACUUACAACUCUGACUGGCAUGUUGUCAACUACAAGUAUGAAGAUUAUUCUGGAGACUUCCGGCAACUUCCCAAUAAAGUCCCUCGGCCAGACAAGCUGCCCGCGCACAUAUUUGAGGUGGACGAAGAUGCAGACAAAGAUGAGGACACAGCAUCCCUUGGGUCCCAGAAAGGGGGAGUGUCCAAACAUGGCUGGCUGUACAAAGGCAACAUGAAUGGAGCUAUCAGUGUCACUAUGAGAUCCUUCAAAAGGAGGUACUUCCACCUGGCCCAGCUUGGUGACGGCUCCUACAACCUGAACUUCUACAAGGAUGAGAAGAUCUCCAAGGAGCCCAAGGGCACCAUCUUCCUGGACUCCUGCAUGGGUGUGGUGCAGAACAGUAAGGUGCGGCGCUUUGCCUUUGAGCUGAAGAUGCAGGACAAGAGUACGUACCUGCUGGCGGCGGACAGUGAGGUGGAGAUGGAUGAGUGGAUCACCACCCUCAACAAGAUCCUCCACUCCAGCUUUGAGCUCGCCAUGCAGGAGAAGAGGAAUGGAGACCUGCACGAUGACGAUGAGCAGGGAAAAUCAGACACCUCAGCUGGGAAUUUCCAGGACAGUUUCCAGAGUGCCAGAGACAUCGAGACCAAGAUGAGGAACGAGACCCGACUCAGGCUAUUCACCCUGGACCCCGAUACGCAGAAACUUGAUUUCUCAGGCAUUGAACCAGAUGUGCGGGCAGUUUGAGGAAAAGUUUGGCAGCGUGUACUCGUCAACUGCAAUGAUCUGUCUUUCAACCUGCAGAGCUGUGUAUCUGAAAAUGAUGAAGGACCUACAACAAACGUCGAGCCCUUCUUUGUGGUGCUGUCGCUGUUCGACGUGCAGAACAGCAGGAAGAUCUCGGCCGACUUCCACGUGGACCUUAACCACCAGCUCGUCCGGCAGAUGAUCUCUCACCACGGCAACCAGCACAUCAACGGAGGGUCCGAGGUCACAGUGGUGGAGGGGGCCGGUCAGCGGGCUCAGAGGGGGGCGCUCAAGUACCCCACACAGGGUGUGUUCUCUGUGACGUGUCCACACCCGGACAUCUUCCUGGUGGCCCGAGUGGAGAAGGUGCUGCAGGGAGGCAUCACCCACUGUGCUGAUCCCUACAUGAAGAGCUCCGACCCCUCCAAGGUGGCCCAGAAGGUGCUGAAGAAUGCCAAGAUGGCCUGCCACAGGCUGGGCCAGUACCGGAUGCCUUUCGCCUGGGCCGCCAGGCCAGUGUUUAAGGAUGCCUCAGGGACCCUGGACAAGAGCGCCUCGUUCUCACCCCUCUACAGGCAGGACGGCAACAAACUCUCCGACGAGGACCUGUUCAAGCUGCUGGCCGACUUCAAGAAACCAGAGAAGAUGGCCAAGCUCCCAGUGCUGCUUGGGAAUCUGGAUGUGACCAUUGAUAGCGUUGCCCCUGAUGUCUCUAAUUGUGUGACGUCCUCCUAUAUCCCUGUAAGACCCUUCACGUUGAAUGGGCAGGGUGGCGCUCUGAUGGAGGUGGAGGAGUUUGUGCCCUGCAUCGCCAAGUGCUCCCAGCCCUUCACCAUCUACAACAACCACCUCUACAUCUACCCCAAGCACCUCAAGUACGACGGGCAGAAGUCCUUCGCCAAGGCAAGGAAUAUUGCAGUCUGUGUAGAGUUCAGAGAUUCAGAUGAUGAUGACGCUCAGCCUCUUAAGUGCAUCUACGGCCGUGCCGGAGGGCCCCUCUUCACCAAGCAUGCCUUUGCAGCGGUGUUGCAUCACCAGCAGAACCCAGAGUUCUAUGACGAGAUUAAGAUUGAGCUGCCCACGCAGCUUCAUGAGAAACACCACCUGCUCUUCACCUUCUACCACAUCAGCUGUGACAGCAACGCCAAGAAGAGAGAUGUGGUGGAAACUCAGGUGGGCUCCUCCUGGCUCCCCCUGCUAAAGGACGGCAGAAUCAUCAUGAACGAGCAGCACAUCGCCGUGGCAGCCAACCUGCCCCCCGGAUACCUCAGCUGCCAGGAGGGUGUCACCAAGCACCCUGGCCCUGAUGUGAAGUGGGUUGACAGCGGGAAGCCUUUGUUCCGAGUGUCCACUCACCUGGUGUCCACCAUCUACUCUCAGGAUCAGCACCUUCAUAACUUCUUCCAGCACUGUCAGCACAUGGAGAUCUCCCCUCAGGCAUCUGAUGGAGAACUGGUCAAGUUCCUCAAGAGCCUUCAUGCCAUGCAGGGUCAUGUGAUGAUCAACUUCCUGCCCACCAUCCUGAACCAGCUGUUCCACGUGCUGACCAGCGCCACCCACGAGGAGGUGGCCGUCAACGUGACCAGGGUCAUGGUUCACAUAGUGGCCCAGUGUCAUGAGGAGGGCCUGGAACACUACCUGAGAUCUUAUGUGAAGUAUGUGUUCAGACCUGAGCCCUACUCUGGCAGCAACAGUAAGUCUGUGCACGAGGAGCUGGCCAAGGCCAUGACGGCCAUCCUCAAACCCUCCACGGACUUCCUCACCAGCAACAAACUGCUCAAGUAUUCCUGGUAUUUCUUUGAAGCCUUGAUGAAGUCUAUGGCUCAGCACCUGAUGGAAAGUGGCAAAGUUAAACUGUCCCGUAACCAGCGUUUCUCCGCCUCUUUCCACCACGCUGUGGAGACGCUGGUGAACAUGCUGAUGCCCCACAUCACCCAGAAGUACAAGGACAACCUGGACGCCGCCAGGAAUGCCAAUCACAGCCUGGCAGUGUUUGUAAAGCGUUGCUUCACUUUUAUGGAUCGCGGCUUUGUGUUCAAGCAGAUCAACAACUACAUCAACUGCUUCAUGCCAGGAGACCCUAAGACACUGUACGAGUUCAAGUUUGAGUUCCUGAAGGUGGUGUGCAACCAUGAGCACUACGUCCCACUCAACCUCCCUAUGCCCUUUGGCAAAGGCCGCAUCCAGAGGUUUCAAGAUCUGCAGCUGGACUACUCUCUGACAGAUGACUUCUGCAGGAACCACUUCCUGGUUGGGCUGUUGCUGCGAGAGGUGGGCGGAGCCCUGCAGGAGUUUGGGGAGAUCCGACACAUCGCCAUCCAUGUGCUGAAGAGCCUGAUGAUCAAGCACACAUUUGACGAUCGCUACGUCUCCAAGAGCCAGCAGGCGCGGCUGGCCACCCUCUACCUACCACUGUUUGGCCUCCUGCAGGAGAACGUGCAUCGGCUCAACGUCAAAGAGAGUUCCGCCCUCAUCAGCAACACCGCGAAUGGCCGAGAUGACCCUCUCUCUGCCGUCUCCACGGCAACCCCACAGAGACCAGGAGGCAGCCUUGACAACAGCCUGCAGAAGGAUGUGUUUGGGGUCAUCUCUGGAACAGCCUCUCCCCACGCCUCGUCCACGCCCAACAUCAGCUCUGUGAGGCACGCAGACUCCCGAGGCUCACUAAUCAGCACUGACUCUGGCAACAGCCUUCCUGACAAGAGCAGUGAGAAGACCAACUCCCUGGAUAAGACACAGUCAGCCUCUGCUCUGGGGAGCUCACUGUUGCGCUGUGAUAAACUGGAGCGGGACGAGAUCAAGAACCUGCUCAUGUGCUUCCUGAAUGUACUCAAGAGCAUGUCAGAGGAUGCUCUGUUUACGUACUGGAACAAGGCCUCACCCUCUGAGCUCAUGGACUUCUUCACACUGUUAGAGGUGUGUCUCCAUCAAUUCAGAUACAUGGGAAAGAGAUUCAUCGCCAGGAACCAGGAAGGGGUGGGCUGUGCGUCUGUGGACAGGAAGUCUCUGACUCUGCCUGUUUCUCGCAACAGAACGGGGGCACUGCACACACGCCUCCACCAGCUGGGCAGCCUGGAAAACUCACACACAUUUAACAACAUGUACUCCCACGGAGACGCGGACCAGUCGGUGCUGGAGGCCAACGUGUCCACCGAGGUGUGCCUGACCGUACUGGACACACUAAGUGUUUUCAUCAUGGGCUUCAAGACCCAGCUGUGUGCGGACCUGGGACACAACCCCCUGAUGAAGAAGGUGUUCCAGGUGCACUUGUGCUUCCUGCAGAUCGCCCAAUCAGAGAUUGCGCUCAAGCAGGUCUUCACCUCGCUGCGCACCUUCAUCUACAAGUUUCCGUGCACAUUCUUUGACGGGCGGGCGGACAUGUGUGCAUGGUUCUGCUAUGAGAUCCUGAAGUGCUGCAACUCCAAGCUGAGCUCCAUCCGCAGCGAUGCCGCCCACCUGCUCUACUUCCUCAUGAAGAGCAACUUUGACUACACUGGCAGGAAGUCCUUUGUCCGCACACACCUGCAGGUGGUCAUAGCAGUGAGUCAGCUGAUCGCUGAUGUCAUCGGGAUCGGAGGAACACGCUUCCAGCAGUCCCUCUCCAUCAUCAACAACUGUGCCAACAGUGACAAGACCAUCAAGCACACAGCGUUCCCAUCAGACGUGAAGGACCUGACCAAGCGGAUCCGUACGGUGCUGAUGGCCACGGAGCAGAUGAAGGAGCACGAGAACGACCCCGAGAUGCUGGUGGACCUGCAGUACAGCCUGGCCAAGUCCUACACCAGCACCCCAGAGCUGCGCAAGACCUGGCUGGACAGCAUGGCCCGCAUCCACGUCAAGAACGGAGACCUGUCUGAGGCGGCUAUGUGUUAUGUGCAUGUCGCUGCGCUGGUGGCAGAAUACCUGAGAAGAAAAGGAAUGUUCCGGCAGGGAUGUUCCGCAUUCCGCGUGGUCACGCCCAACAUUGAUGAGGAAGCGGCCAUGAUGGAGGACGUGGGCAUGCAGGACGUCCACUUCAAUGAGGAGGUGCUAAUGGAGCUGCUGGAAGAGUGUGCUGAUGGUCUGUGGAAGGCAGAGCGUUAUGAACUCAUCUCCGACAUCUACAGACUCAUUAUACCCAUCUAUGAGCAGAGGAGAGACUUUGAGAAACUGGCCCACCUGUAUGACACGCUUCACCGGGCUUACACGAAAGUCAUGGAGGUGAUGCACACAGGCAAGAGGCUGCUGGGCACCUACUUCAGAGUGGCCUUCUUCGGCCAGGCUGCGGGCUUCUUCGAGGACGAGGAUGGGAAGGAGUACAUCUACAAGGAGCCCAAGUUCACGCCCCUCUCCGAGAUCUCCCAGCGCCUACUCAAGCUCUACUCGGACAAGUUUGGCCCCGACAACGUCAAAAUGAUCCAAGACUCUGGGAGGGUAAACCCCAAGGAUCUGGACUCCAAGUUCGCCUACAUCCAGGUGACGCACGUGACGCCGUACCUGGAGGAGAAGGAGCUGGAGGAGCGGCGCACCGACUUCGAGCGCAGUCACAACAUCCGCCGCUUCGUCUUCGAGACGCCCUUCACCGUGUCGGGGAAGAAGCAAGGCGGCGUGGAGGAGCAGUGCAAGCGUCGCACCGUCCUCACCACCACUCACUGUUUCCCGUACGUGAAGAAGCGCAUCGCGGUCAUGUACCAGCACCAUACGGACCUGAGCCCCAUCGAGGUGGCCAUCGAUGAGAUGAGCGGCAAGGUGGGCGAGCUGCGGGCACUCUGCUCGACCAGCGAGGUGGACAUGAUCCGCCUGCAGCUCAAGCUCCAGGGCAGCAUCAGUGUGCAGGUGAAUGCGGGUCCGUUAGCGUACGCUAGAGCAUUCCUCGAUGACGGCUGCCAGAAGAAAUACGCAGACAAUAAAGUCAAACAGCUCAAAGAGGUCUUCAGGCAAUUUGUGGACACCUGUGGUCAAGGCCUGGGCGUGAAUGAGCGCCUGAUCAAGGAGGACCAGCAGGAGUACCACGAUGAGAUGAAGGCCAACUAUAGGGACCUGACCCGAGAGCUGUCGGCCAUCAUGCAUGAACAGAUUUUUCCAGUUGAGGAUGGGGUGGCAAAAAACGCCCUCUCUGAUUCGCUGCACAUCUUCAACGCCAUCAGUGGCACACCUGGUGGUGGUGCCACCCUCCAUGGCCUGCCCACUGCCACCUCCACUGUGUGACCUUUCACCUCUGACCUCUGAUCUUCUCAGAGGAAGAUACAAAGAGACACAUGCUUUACAGGAAAAGAGCCCCAAAAAGACUGAAGGGGAAUUGAAGAAAAGAGAAAACAAGGCAGGGCGACAGAAAGAAGGGGCAAAAGAAAAAAAACUAAAUCAUUUUUACUCAGUGAAUUUUUAUGUAGACCCCCUGAUUAAAAAGUAUAUUGCUAUAUCUGAAAAUGAAGGGCAAUUUUCAUAGGCUUUUUCCCCAGUUGGCCGGUAUGACUCAUUUGAACUGUAAUGACCUCGUCUCAGUGACAAAAACAUGGCCUGGAAUAGUGGAACAUGGACAGAGUUCCCCAUUGGUCAGUAACACAAACCAUGAGACUGGACUCAGGGGACCAUGUGACUGAGAGAGCAGCGAAACGUUUGUUUGUCAUGAUGCGUCUAUCUCUUUGUCCUUGUGUGCAUGUGAAAAGGUCCAUGCUCAGAUUUCUUCGGCUGCCUCUUGUCUUUAUAAGGAACAGGUGUGAGGGGUCACCUGCAUUUUCACCAUUUAGAGUCUAGUCAUCCUGUGAAACUGGUCAUCAUGUCGGGUUAUAUGUUCUUUCUCUGUUGUUUGUGUGUUUGUUUUUUGGGGGGUGGGUGAUAAUGUUGCUUCAGGUUGUAAGCGAUGUUGCAGGUGUCACUUGUGCCGUACCGAAAGUUUGACUUUGUUUUCUUGGCAUCACUUCCUUAGGGCCUUCUCUCUCCCUCUGUCUCCUUAGAUAUCGGACUCGUCGACUUUCUAAAUCCUGCACUUUUCUCACUUCUCAGAUGCUGAGAUUUUAUUUUUUACCAGAGAGAGAAAAUGCCAAGGGACUGUUUUUCUUUUAUACCUGUUUUCUAUCUAACAGGAGAGGAGUGCAAUAUUUUACGUGUCUUUGUGUGUGUGUGUGUGAGUCUCGUGGGCCUUGCUUCGCUCAGUUUCAUGCUCUUUUAAAAAAUCAUCUCUCUUGCCAAAGCAGGAGAUCAGAGCUUCAGUAGAGCUUCUUUGGAGGUUCUGUAGAGCUUCUUUGGAGGUUCUAUAGAGGUUCUAUAAAGCUUUUGUAGAGCUUCUGUAAAGGUUCUGUAGAGGUUCUAUAGAGGUAUAGAGGUUUUGUUGUAGCAGACUAUAGCAUCAGGGCACAGGGGCAAAGAAUUUUUAUAACCUUGCAAUGGUGUACUGUACAUGUCAAAUGGAAUUCAUUUUUUAUAUUUGAAGUGUCAGAUAGGUUUUAUAUUUACUAACAGAAUGUUAUUCUUCUGUUGUUACAUAAAGGAACGAUGUCCUCUAAUACUUCUGUUCUAUUAAAGUUAAGUAUUAUCA